CUUAUAAAAAUCAAUCUCUUCAUCAGCUAGCAUUUGACAAGAUUAGGGUUUAAACGCCGCCGUGUUUCGCCGGAUCGCCACCGUUGAAGUCAAGAUGCCGUCGCACAAGACGUUCAUGAUCAAGAAGAAGCUGGGGAAGAAGAUGAGACAGAACAGGCCAAUCCCUAAUUGGAUCCGUCUCCGUACCGACAACAGGAUCAGGUACAACGCUAAGCGUAGGCACUGGCGCCGUACCAAGCUUGGGUUCUAGAGCACUGUCGAGACCACAGCUAUGACUCAGAUUCGUCCGAGUUUCCUAAUUGCUUCUCUUGGGUCUUUGACCCCUAUAAAGUUUUAGUUUUUUGUUAAGGAUUUUUGUUGGCUUUGCUCUCUUAAAUCUUAAGACUUGCAUAAUGCUUGAAUAUGAAUCCUUUCUCCUUCAAUAUGAAUAUGAAUCUUUUUUU